AUGAUUUGGAUGAGUCGUCCCAGAACUUGGCUUUUGGUGGUGUGGAGCAUACUCUUUUUGCUUUCAUUCUCUUCCGUUUUGUAUGCAUCGGCCGACCAAGAGGAAACUGAGCCAUUUGUGGAGGAAUCCAUACUAUGGGCAGGAAUGGACGAUCCAGAUGCAAUGUUGCUCAAGGAAAUCGAAUGGGCUCAGAAAUCCAUGGAACUGUAUCAUGAAAAGAAUGGGGUAUAUCCCUCACGGACGUCCGAUGAUGAUUCUUCCAAAGAAGAACAUCAUCAUGAUGUUACCAACAUUUAUUCCAUGGAUUGGGUGGAAGAGUCUUUAGAGAGUUUGCGCCAGCAAGAAGUUGACUACAAUACACGAGACUCUAGACGAAAGAACAGGGGUGCUCGCUUCUUGCGGGGGGCUGGUUGA